UUCACCGCUAAUUCCAAUUCCACCAAGCAAACAAAUAUGGGCGGUGGGAAGCGACCGGCGUCGCCGACAGAGCUCUCUGCGGCACAUGAUGAUUCCACGAACAGCGCACCUUCGUCACCUCGGGAACAAGCAUUAGCUCUUGCAAAGAAGCCCAGGACGGACGACAACGAGCCGUUCCCGCGAUCGUUGGAGAUCGUCCCCGUCGAUGCCAAAGUUGUGACCCUCACGUCACGAUCCGAUGCCGCUCGGACAUCCGACUUGCUAGCGCCGACGAUGCUGCUCUCUGGACAUGGCGCUGCAGUCUAUUCGCUUGCGUUCAGUCCAUUGGGCAAGACAGCGGCAUCCGCGUCAUUUGAUCGGUCCAUUUUCCUGUGGACUGUCUAUGGCGAAUGCAAGAACUACGCCGUCUUGUCUGGGCAUAAGAACGCCGUGCUACAGGUCCAAUGGACAUAUGACGGCAGUUCGUUGGUGUCUUGCUCCGCCGACAAAACCGUCGGGCUGUGGGAUGCCGAGGCCGGCACGCGACUCAAGAACUACCGCGGCCACUCGGCCAUCGUCAACAGCGUGUGUCCAGUGUCCAAGGGACCGCAGCUGCUCGUGUCUGGGUCCGACGACAGCACGAUCAAGAUCUGGGACGCCCGCAUGAAGCGCGAAGUGCAGACGAUUGAAGAACGCUUCCAGGUCACGGCCGUGUGCUUUGGGGAAACGGCGUCGACGGUUUUCUCGGGCGGCGUCGAUGGCCUUGUCAAGCAAUGGGAUCUGCGCAAACCUUCCGACACGAACAACCACGGCGUGCCGACACCUGUGGAAAUCUUAGCCGGCCACAGCGAGAUCAUCACGAGCUUGCAGCUGAGCCCCGACGGCAACUUUGUGCUGUCCAACGCCAUGGACAGCACGCUGCGCAAGUGGGACGUGCGGCCGUUCUGCGAAGGCGACCGGUGUCGCAUGGUGUACUACGGCGCCAAGCACAGCAACGACCGCAACUUGAUCCGCGCCAACUGGAGUCCGGACAUGAAGCACAUUGGCAGUGGGAGUGCCGACCGGUAUGUGUAUAUCUGGGACGCCGAGACGGGCGCGCUACGGUACCACCUCCCAGGCCACGCGGGCAGUGUGAACGAAGUAUCGUUCCAUCCCAACCCGUCCGAGCCCAUCGUUGGGUCGUGUGGCAGUGACAAGAACAUUUACUUUGGCGAACUGCUAGAAUAAUAUAGCAUACGAAUGAAUGCGAUUUUAUAUAUAGAUAUACAGUUCACACGG